GAAUCUGUGAUGGCGGGGGAAAGACCUUUCGAUUAUAUAUGGGGAUCUGGUGCACUUUUCUUCUGGCGACAUGUCGAUUCUCUUCGGUUCUAUCGCUCACUUUCCAUACUGUCACGCACAGCCACUGUCCCCUUCUCCCUUCCUUGGGUGGAGACUGAGCUCGAGCUCUCUCUAGUAAAAUACCACCCGAAACACGGUAAUUCAUCGCGUGCAACUCCGUCCAUCCAGAACUUCUUUCCGCAAUCUCCAAGGCUUAAAGAAAGCCGACCAACUGCCCGACUGACGACCGCACCCUGCUGAACGACCCUUUCUGCUCCCAUCGCUGCAAUUCUCGUAUGGGCUUGAUUGUCUCAAGCUUUCCCUCGCCCCCCUCGUCGGUGUCGCUGUCAUGGACAGGCGCCGUCGUGAUGAUUCGCCUUCCGGUCUAUCAGAUAUUGUCGAACAGGAUGGUCUUUUAGGAACCGGCAUUACGACUCGUCAUAUUGAGGCCUUUGGACGGAAAGUCACAUCAACUGCUGGGCACUUGAUGGGACCGACUUCCGAAUCUUCUAACGGCGGCCACUACCACAACGCCAUGGUUGACAUCCAGCGCGAGCUGCGGCGCCCUGCCGCUCAGCGCAAUGUCUUCUCCCUGACCCAAACCACACCAACCGAUUUGGUCCGCUCUAAACUGUCUACAUCCGAGAUUCAAUCGCGAGCCAUCUCCUCCCUUCCUGAUGAGCUUCUCAUGAACAUACCUGAAGACAGCAGCUCUUACUCGCUCUUCCAAGGAUUUCAAGCCUCCCAGGAUGACAUCGAAUAUAGAAAGGCCCACCGCCGGCGCUCGUCCAAGAGCAAGAAGCUAUUGAAGGAUGGGGAGACGCACGCCGCUUUACCUUCCGCGCCCACCGACUUGAGAAAGGAACGAGAUUUACUCAACCGCAGGAUGGACCUGAUGGGUGUUCGCAAGAAUAUGUGCAGCUCGGAGAUACAUGAGAUAGACAACAAGAUCGCAAACUUGCACAACAUGCGCAAGAUCGUUCUAGACCGGUUAGCCAGCUUAGAGAUGGAGGAAGCCGAACUGGAGCAUGAACUGACGGAGGUUGAUAAUAAGUUGGAAGAUAUUGAACAAGAAGAAGCAGCUCACGCGCAGGCUCAGGCCCCGGCGACCCCGAAGUCAUCAGCAAACGAUGACUCGACCAUUUCGGAAGACCCGGCAAUGGACGCAUCCUUCAUGUCCGAGUCUAUUUACCAAAAAAUUCCUUCCCCAAAGAGCGUCAAGCAAAAAUCAAUAAGGAAACGCUCGAUGCCGAUUUUACACGAACAUUUCACCCCGGGUUCGGAGAUCAAAGAGAUGGCGGCGCAUUCUGACAUGGUCACUGCGAUUGACUUCGACUAUCCAUUCGGUACUAUGAUCACCGCGGCGCUGGAUGACACCGUGCGGGUUUGGGAUCUCAAUGUUGGCCGUUGCAUUGGAUUCCUGGAAGGGCAUAAUGCUUCGGUGCGCUGUCUUCAGAUUGAGGACAACAUUGUUGCCACGGGCUCUAUGGAUGCAUCAGUCAAAUUAUGGGAUUUGAGUCGCGCCCGAACGAUGACUACUCGCGACAAUCGCAUCACCCGCCGCGAUGAUGGAGACGAAGAAACCGACCCAGCCGACGACGCUUCGGUGGCAUCCCAUUCUACCACGCUGGAGGACUGCUUCGUCUACUCGUUGGAUGCUCAUGUCGACGAAAUCACCGCGCUUCACUUCAAGGGUGACACUCUGAUUUCAGGGUCAGCCGACAAGACACUGCGACAGUGGGAUCUGGUCAAAGGGCGUUGCGUGCAAACGCUCGAUGUAUUGUGGGCGGCCGCGCAGGCGUCGUCGCUGGGAGGAGAUUCGCAAUGGCGCCCCUCAGGACGCCUGCCGGACGCAUCGGCGGACUUUGUCGGGGCUGUCCAGUGCUUCGACGCCGCUUUAGCCUGCGGUACGGCAGACGGAAUGGUCCGUCUUUGGGAUCUGCGCAGUGGACAGGUUCAUCGUAGCCUGGUGGGCCACACUGGCCCUGUUACCUGCCUACAAUUUGAUGAUGUGCAUCUGGUCACUGGAAGUCAAGACCGCAGUAUCAGGAUAUGGGAUCUCCGAAUGGGAUCGAUCUAUGAUGCCUACGCCUAUGACAAGCCCAUUACCAGCAUGAUGUUCGACACCAAGCGGAUUGUUGCGGCUGCAGGAGAGAACGUUGUGAAGGUCUACGACAAAGCCGAUGGCCACCACUGGGAUUGCGGCGCCGGAGUCGGCGCUGAUGAACAGGGCCCAUCGCCAGCAACAGUGGAGCGAGUGCGAUUGAAGGAUGGCUUCCUAGUUGAAGGCCGCAAAGACGGUAUCGUUGCGGCGUGGACAUGUUGAGAUGACCAUGCAUAACUAUGGCAUGCAAAACCCUGCCACGUACAUGCUAGCAUUUGGAUGGUUUUGUGUUUUGUGACUGCUUUGAAUGCCUCAGCGACUGUAUAUUAUCUUUACGUUUGGCCCAACAUAGAAAGGAACCAUGGCGUCUUACGGUAGGAUCAGCCGUUGUAAACUAGUUUCUU